AUGGCCUCGAGAAUACUAUCGUACGGGGCGGCUCGCGCUCUUGCCCCUGCACGCACCACGGCGCGCGCUUUCACCACGUCGGCGGCCCGUCUGGAUGCGGUAGCCGCGGGCGCGGCGCCACCCCUUCCGGCAAGACGACCUGUUGGUGCGCUGAGGGGAGGGCUCUUUGGCUUCUUCUUCGGCAGCACCCUCGCCGGCGGCGCCGUCUAUUACUACGCCAUCCAGGAGUACAAGGCCUCGAACGAGCUGCUGACUGAGGACAUUUACGCUCUGCAAAACGCGGUAGAUCGGUUGAGCAACUACGUCGGCACACUAGAAGAGAAGAUGGAGGCGUUGGAGAGGAAGAAGAAAUGA